AUGGAAAAGGAUAAAGGGCUAAGACCAGAAAAACCAGUUUCGACGGCAAAGGAUAAAAAGGCUUCCACUUCAGGUUUAGCAGCUAGCGACAAAGAAACAAUUCCGACGGAUGUAGCAGCCUCAAGCCCUCAAAAUGGUCAGAACUCCUCUGCAAAGUGGAGAUUUUCAAAGGAUCAACUAUUCUUUGUGAUACAAAACAAUAAGCAGCAGGAGAUUCCAUUAGAUCCCAAAGAGGAUGAGAAAAAAGAAAAAGGUCAGAUGGCGAAGAACAAACAAUUAGUUCUUUACCAAGAGCAAACCUUGGAGCCUCCUCAAUUUGUUUCAAGCUCACAUUUUCAGGUACUAUCAGAUAUUCAAGAGGAAGAUGGGGAUAAAGAAGCCGAUGGAGCUAUACCUCACACAUGGAACUUACUACUAGAAACGAAAUUGGAGUCAAAUUCCGACGAGAUAAUAAAGCAGCUACAGAAAAAUUCAAAAGUUGGAUUGGAGUUUGAGGAGGGCGAAGAGAAUGAUCAUGAUAAAAAUUCAGAGGGUGUGGAAGAAAUUUCGACAGAAUCUCCUAAUCAUAUUGAAAAAACUACGAAAAAGAUUUUGUUGGAAAGCCUGAUCAAUGACGAUUUGCAGAUAGGUUUGGGUAACGAAAAUGAUUAUACUCGAGGGGCAGUCUCUGAUGGUGAACAUGAACAGAAGAAAAGAGGGCGUCCAAAAGGUCCAUCAAAAAUUCAUCACACGACUGAAAUUCGCCAGUCGGUGAGACUACAAGGUGACCUCUUUCUAAACGUUUAA